UUUCUCUCUCAAUAGUCUCUGAGUCACAAACACAUUCACAAAGACACAAUUUAAACAUUGUUGAAAGAGAAAAAUAAAUGGUUGUGAAAUGUUUAAGUGGAUAGAAAAUAGUAGUUGUAGAGAGAGGAAGAGAGGAUGAAUUUGUCAUGCAGUCCAUGGCCACUCGCUUUACCACCCAUUCUCCUUCUUCUUCUUCUUCUCCAUCUUCUUACAUUCAUAAUUGUCAAGUUAAGCAUUCAACAACACCUGCUGUUCUUCUUUCUUCUUUUAGUGGAAGAAAACCCCCUUACAACACACUUGUAUUCCAGGCGGUCAGGCUCUUGGGUCCUCCAGCAAGAUUUGAAGCUUCAAAGCUGGAAGUCUUGUUAAAAGAAGAAGAAGUUGAUACAUACUCAAGUAUCGUGCCAAGGACGUACACAUUAUCCCAUUGUGAUUUUACUGCUAAUCUAACAUUAACCAUCUCAAAUAAUAUCCAAUACGAUCAGUUGAAAGGGUGGUAUAAUAAAGAUGAUGUGGUUGCUGAAUGGACAGAAGUGAAAGGUAAUUUGUUUCUUGAUGUCCACUGUUAUGUGAGUGGACCGAAUCCCCUACAAGAGCUAGCUGCUGAGUUCAGAUACCAUAUAUUCUCCAAGGAAUUGCCAUUGGUACUUGAGGCUGUGCUCUAUGGGGAUUCAGAUUUCUUCAAGGAGCAUGAGGAACUAAUGAACGCUACUGUUAGAGUCUAUUUUCAUUCUAGCUCGAAGAAGUACAACCGUGUAGAAUGUUGGGGUCCUCUAAAAGAUGCUGCUAAGGGAAUACAAGGGGAUUAUAUCAAUGGUUUGUUAUCGACAAGGAAGGAAGAUUUUCAACCUCCAAAAUUCCAGGGAAGUGUAAAAUCAAUCUUCCAAGCUCUUUUCACCUUCCUUCUCUGAGCACACUAAG